AUGAAGUUCUCAGCUUGCAUCACCACUAUCAUUGCCACUUUGGCAACCAGCGUCCAAUGCCACAGCUGGGUCCAAAGUCUUGAGGUAGUCGGCCCAAUCCAGAACGUCAGCAGAGUCCUCAGGGACCCCACCACUCCCCAUCCUGGCCUGGGGUACAUCCGUGCCUACCCAGCCCGCGUCGAUGCCCUCGCCAGUAACACCAUCCUGUUCCCGGACACUGCUUUCGCGUGCAUGCCACAGCAGCGAACUCAAACCCAAGACGCUGCUUUCGUCCGCCUGAAAGCCAGCCCAGGCGACAUCGUCCAGGGAAACUACACCGAGAACGGCCACGUCACACUGCCAGCCGUAGGCCAGCUCAGUUCAGGCACUGUAUACUGGUAUGGGACCUCGCAACCAAAGGUGGACGAGAAGCUCGCCGAUGUUAUGCAGUGGACCAGCGACUGCACUGGCGGGGAUGGAAGGGGAUGCCUUCUGAGCACUGCUCCUUUCGACGAUGGAACUUGUGUCGAGAAGUUCAAUGACCCGGCGGGGAGGACCCCAGAAGGGAUUUUGAGGCAUCAGCAAACGCCCGACGGGUUGCCUUGUGCGAGCACAUUUACGAUCCCAAAGAAUGUCAAGGCCGGCUCGCUCUACACGGUUUACUGGGCUUGGGAUUACUCCGAGCACCUCGGACCUGAGAACCCGGACCCAAAGGUCGCUAAGGAGUGGUAUUCGUCUUGCAUGGACAUUGAGAUGGUGGCCCGUGGGUCGCAGAGAUUGGUGAGGAGUGCAAAGUUCAGACUUUAG